GGCUGGUCUCCCACUGCUGCACCGUGACAUGACAUGCACGCAGAGAAACAAAGCGUUGGCUUGUAAGACGAUUAAACUGCAGUUUUUCUCAUGCUGUUUGUGGUUCCAGUGGAAAUGAACUAAGAAAGGCUUGAUAGAAUCGAUGAAAAUGGCCGGGGACAGGAACAGAUUUUAUUCCAUGCAGACGGUGGAGUCAAAUGGGACCAAAGAGUCCUUCAAGUUUGUGUCGGAGGAGAAGAGGGAUGUUUGGAAGGACGCUAAAGAGGAGCGAUCGGAGCCUACUUGCAGUCUCAGUGUCAACAAAAUCUCCUACACGGUCAGUGAGCGUGUGGGUCCAUGGUGGGACUUAGCCUCCUGCAGGAAGCGAUGGACUCGUCAGAUCCUCAAUAAUGUCUCCUUCCAUGUAGACAGUGGGCAGAUCAUGGGAAUACUGGGCAAUUCAGGCUCAGGAAAGACCACACUGUUGGAUGCUAUCUCAGGCAGGAUUGGAAACGUUGGUACACUGCUGGGUGAGGUGUUUGUUAAUGGCAGAAAGAUGAAGAGAGAAGAGUAUCAGGACUGCUUCUCUUAUGUGCUGCAGAGUGAUAACUUGUUGAGUUAUCUGACAGUGGAGGAGACUCUGACCUACACAGCUCAGCUGGCCCUGCGGAAACACUCGGCCGAAGCUAUCAAAAAGAAGGUGUCAGCAGUCAUGGCCGAGCUAAGUCUAAGUCAUGUGGCCUGCAGUGUUAUUGGAGGCCGAAUUUUCGCAGGCAUCUCCGGAGGUGAGAGAAGGAGGGUGUCUAUCGCCAGCCAGCUACUUCAGGACCCAAGGGUGAUCCUAUUGGAUGAGCCGACCACUGGCCUGGACAGUAUGACUGCCAAUCAGAUCGUGGUGCUGCUGGCAGAGCUGGCCAGGAGGAAUCGCAUCGUCGUAGUGACCAUCCACCAGCCACGCUCCGAGCUCUUCAGGGUGUUCAGCAGGAUCGCUAUAAUGAGUCGUGGCGAGCUGGUGUUCUGUGGGCAGCCAGAGGAGAUGGUCGACUUCUUCAGCCAGUGUGGAUAUGAGUGUCCAGAGUACUGCAAUCCCUUUGACAUCUAUGUUGACUUCACAUCAGUGGAUACCCGCAACAGUGAAAGAGAGGCAGCGACCUUUAAUCGCAUGCAUGAGAUCACGUCAUCCUAUCAGAAAUCUGACAUCUACCAGAGCAUGCUCAGAAAAAUGGAGCAGAGCGUGCAGCGGACUGACAAGCCAGCCAUUCCCUUUAAGAGCAAAGAGUCACCAAGUGGUUUAGCCAAACUGGAAGUUCUGCUGAGGCGAACAGCAAGAAACCUCUCCAGAGACAGGAUGGGUGUCCUCAUGCGUCUCUCCCAGAACCUGAUCUACGGACUCUUUGUGGCCUUCUUUGUGAUGCGUUUAGAUGAUGAUGUCAGCAAGGGUGCCGUGCAGGAUCGCAUUGGCAUUAUCUAUCAGAGCGUAGCAGCUUCACCCUACACUGGCAUGCUGAAUGCUGUAGCUCUCUUCCCAGCGUUGCGAGCCAUCAGUGAUCAGGAGAGUCAGGAUGGUCUGUACACUAAAUGGCAGAUGUUCUUGGCCUACAUCUUCCACAUCCUGCCUUUCAGCAUCCUCAGUGUGGUAAUCUUCACGUCCUUCCUUUAUUGGACUGUCGGGAUGCAUCCUGAAACUUUGCGCUUCCUGUGUUUCACUGCUGUAGUCCUGGUUCCACAUAUUAUAGGUGAAAUGUUAACAGUAGUACUACUGGGAGUGGUCCAAGACCCUAACAUGGUCAACACCGGAGUGGCUCUGCUCAAUAUCGCAGGCAUCUUGGUUGGAUCUGGCUUUCUAAGGAGCACCCUGCAGAUGCCUGUCGUCUUCCAGUGGCUCAGCUACCUGACCUUCCAGAAGUACAGUUGUGAGCUGCUUAUAGUCACUGAGUUCCACAAACUGAACUUCACAUGCAAUACUCUCAACCCUUUACCAGGAGCUUGUCUGAUCACUGAAGGCGAUAAGAUCAUUGAUCAGGGCUAUCCAGGUGCUCUGUCACGAUACACACAAGACUUUCUUCUCCUCUACUCCUUCCUCCCUGCACUGCUGCUGCUCGGCAUAAUCAGCUUCAAGAUCAGAGACAUGGUUGUGCGUCACUAAAAAACAGAGACACAGAUUUUGAAAGACUGUUAUGUCGAAGCUAGAAGCUUAAGUGUUUUUGGUUCUGCACAUCCUAAAAAUAUUUUAACGUGCAGUUUUGAUGCUAUCCAGAGCAUGAGUCCCAGCUGAUUUACUGAGGCUGUGUUUGCACCUAACCUUUAUCUUUAACAUCUAAAUGAUAUUUCCAUGUCAGCACUUACCUGAAAGUUUUGAGGAAGAAAGUUCUAAGCAUUUGUUUCUCAAAAAAAAAAUUCCACUGCAGGGUAUAGGGUUGGGAGGGUGUGCAUUACAGCAGUGUUAAUCUAUUGACUGGGAUCCAGUCACGCAAAUAAAACAAUUUAAUAAGUGGCUGUAGUAUGAAAAAGCAUCAAAAUAAACUUGCUCAAGGUCCCUAAGGUAUUAAAAAUACAGUUUCUACUUGGAACAAAUAUUUGCACUAGUUAAACUACUUAUUUGUUUAUGGAAGUACACACAAACUAGCACAUGUAAACAAGAAAUCAUGUUAGAUUUAAAACUGAAAAAUGCUGUAACUGUUGUGUACUAAAAUACCCUUUAAAAAAACAGUGUAACCUUUGUAUGGAAGAAUCACAUUUUUUGUUUAAAUGUAUUUACUGUUAUAUGUAAUGAACAGGAAAGGAUUCUUUUAAUUACUAUAUAAAAGUGUUUAUUUCAAGAACAUAUUUUUAUCAGAUGGAUACAGUCAGUUUAGGUUUGUUUAAAUACUUUAAAAUAAAAUCUCUACCUGUAAAUGUGGUCUGAACUGUAAAGAAGUGAAAAAACAAAAUAAAAAUUACACAAAAUGAAA